AUGUUCUCUGAUUUCCGCUUCUCUUGGGAUCGUGCGUCAAAUCCCCAGACCACGACUGUUAACUCGUCAAAACCUCCACACUUCAUGACUGGUACACGCUCGACGUGGGCAGACAGCAUCACGGUCGAAUCAGAGAAGGAUGUAGAAUCCGGUACUGUGCGGCGGCCAGGUUUGCUCGAUCGGCUGACUGGGAUGCUGUUCAAGGCGCGCACCCUGAAGCACGACCAGGAUCCCGAUGUCGUCUCCGUACAGCCUGAACGACUCCCUGCAUGGCCUCCACUCCACAUCGAGAAGCGUGCGCCGCAAUGUUGCGAACACUGCCCAGGGCAGAGGAAGAAACGGAAGCGCGAUCGCAUCCUCCUCAUCCUCCUUAUCAUCGUCUUGUUGUACCUGAUUGGCAACACCGCCGCGCUGAACGUUCGCACGUUCCCGUUAACCACUACUUCGCCGAGCUCUAGUUCUGGCUCGUCGACCGCUACGACACUGUCGGCAGACGAGCAGCUUUGUCUGUCCGAGUUCAACAUCAAUGCACCGGCGAAUACCACACUCUAUCCGUGCUCGACGUGCUUCUCGGUGCUGCAGGGCGUCUCUGAGAGUUAUCUGGACGCGCACACUCAGGAUGCGCAGGAAAUCGCCAAUGCGAUUCAGUUCUGCUCGCUCCGCAGCAUGUUCGUGGAGGCUGAUUCUACUGGGCAGAAUCAGUUGACCACCGGGGGUUGGAUGCAGAGCGUGCAGUUUUGUGGAUGGACCGGCGUGCAGUGUAAUACAAGCGGGAAAGUAACAUCAUUGCAACUGACGUUCCCGGCUGUCCCAACAGUCAUACCUGAAGAGAUAGGCGGGCUCACUGGUCUUCAGACCCUUCAAAUUGUGGGCAACACGGAAGUGCCAGCUGGCGCUCUUCCUACCUCGUUUACCAAUCUCACUGCGCUGUCCACUCUCGAGUUCCAAUCAACGGCGAUCACUCAGCUUCCCAAUUCCCUUUUCACGUCGCUGAAGAACAUCACGACGUUGACUCUAAGCGAGAAUGCGCAGAUGGGGUCGACUUUGCCAUCGAGUUUGACUGAUCUGCCGCUGCAGAAUCUUGUUGUCACAAACCAGGCACUGCAGAAUCCUUUGUCUGUAUUUGUCAACAGUACCUCGUUCCGUUCCGCCAUGAAAUUGCUCGAUCUGUCGACGACGACCCUCUCUGGGACGAUCCCUGCGACGAUAUCUUCGCUCAGCUCGCUUGUCGAGCUGCAUCUAGACAAUAACAAUUUGACCAGCCCCCUUCCGACCGCCUUCCCAGCCAAACUAGAGUUGUUGACGCUUGCGAACAACACCCAGCUGAGCGGCAGCGUGUCGGGCUCGUUCUGCUCGCUGAGCGACCUGCAGGACUGUGAUAUGCAAGGGACUGCGCUGAAAGCUGCAGGCAGCUGCGGCGUGUGUCAGUUUUCGUAA